AUCUAGUUUGUCGUACAUUUAAGCAUUCAAGGAUACUCAAACUCAUAAGGAUACUCACUCUUCGUCUUCAAGAAGAUUUUUAAUCGUAGCAAGAUGGUUCGAGCACGUGACGGUCCUGGGACGCCUUCAUUGGUCGAUGUCCAGCGACGAGUGAAGAAAUGUAGUCCCAGCGUGCUUCGUGCGAUAGGAGAACUUCUGGAUGAAACGGAGCAAUCGUCUGGGUACCACUCAUGGUCUACAAGCAAUCAACCAGCAACUGCGAAUCAGUUUUCAACACCGGUCCGAGGUGGACGAAAUGGUUAUGGGAGGGCUUCGUUACAAAGAUCAACCUUGCUGCCUACCUACCGCGACGUCCUCUCCACGAUAUACUAGAAAUCACACAGCCAACACAGGAUAAGAUUCUUUGUUUGGAAGAAAACAUUACUACCCGAUUUGAAGUUCCUUGUUUUUGCAGUAUCUACAAUCUGUAAGAUUACAAAGAGCCUAGACCUAGUAGAAGAGCCUAUCUUUGUAACGAAGCCCUCCCAUAACCAUUUCGUCCUUCUAUGGGAGGGCUUCGUUACAAAGAUCAACCUUGCUAGUGUCAUUGUUGACAAGUGACCAGUUGGAUUGAAGGAAAAGAAUCAGAAGUAAGUACCUGAUAUUUAUUGUUUCCUACCCGCGAAGGGAAAUGUCGAUGUGAUUAUUUCUGAAGAAAGUUCACACGACUCGCCAGAUUUCAGGUUCACCGCGCUAACCAAAGCACCACGCACCCGCCACAGGGUCGCCCCGUAGACGGAGACUAAAAGAGCGAGUAGUUCCGAUUGCUCAAGGCUCACCACCUCCACGUCCAGCUACCGCGCGAUCCUACACAGCAGGCUCACCGCGUGUGAUCAAUUUAUGGAACGAAUGCUAGCGUCUGCUGCACUUCAACUUUCGUUCUCAUGAAAUGUGCGCCCACAGAAAUAGACUCGUCUAUAUUCGUCCACCUCUUGGGAGAAGGACAAUACUAGUACUCUUGUGCUCAAGUACUACUAGCAUGCUCAUGCUCUUUUGGAUGACGAAAAUCUUCUCUAACCGCUGGUCUCCCUACGGACCGUGAUGGCAUCGAUGCGCAAAUCGAGAAAGCGUUUGCCUUCUUUGAUAAGGACCGUAGCGGAACGAUUGAGAAGUCUGAGAUCAAAGCUGUGAUCCGUGAGGUCGCUUUGGAUAUUCCCACACAGGAUCUCUUACAUCUCCUCGAAGCAAUUCCCGAUGGCCACCAACUCGAUUUCCAUGAGUUCAAGGCGCUGGUAUUAUGGAGGGAUUCGUUGAAGAUCAAGAUUUUCAUUUGUACUUUCGGAUUAGCUUUUUGAUUCGAGAACUACAAGCAGAACUAGAUGCAUAAGCAUGUCAUAGACCAAGAGGUUAAGUACUUGCGUCUCUCUCUCCCACCUUCAGGUAAAAAGCAGUUUCGGUUGCCUCCGUGACGUAGUCGAAAGCACGCUGAAUCACAUGCGACAAACGGUGGUUCGCGCGAAGGCGCUCGCGGUAGAGAGCCACGGACGGGAAUCGUUGCAUACGCAGUUAUGAUAUUUAGUGUCCAUCUCUCUCAGCAUCAAGUCCUAACCGAUCUGGUUUCACCUGUGGUGCUAUCUACCGUGUAGUUUUUACCAGGGUUUCAAGAUUUGAUGGAGAUGGAGUCACUCUACUUCCCCCUCUAACAACCAUGACGAAUCUUUUCAAUAUGCAGCAUCAUUACCGAGCCAUCUCUGCUGCUCAAGCUUCAGUCGAUAGUUGGCACUACAGUGCCAAUUCGAAAUGCUACCACAGUCUCAUCGCUUUGAUUAUGAACCGCACCAUACUUUUUCAUUUGUGUCAAAGGAAGCUUUGAUUUUCAAGCAUAUAGCAAGAGAUCAUCGUCCACCUGCAUGUUGACCGCCAGCAUUUCCUUGACUGCAUCUUCCACCUUUUCUCGUCUAAUCUAAAGGGAGUCAACUCCCAGAGAAAGAGGACAGGGAGGAUGCUUCCCAUGGAGCGCAUGCAUCUGAUUUUGACAGGUGGCAUCAAUCCCCUAUCGACCAGCACGUACGCAGAGCAUGGAUUUGGAUCCGAUGGAGACCACGAUGUGCGUUCACCAUCGCCUCUGAAACUCAGUAAAAACGUGAAAUUCAUCAACGGUGCAGCAAGUAGGCCGAUGACGGCGCCAGGUGUUGGCGUGGGGGGAGGUCGUGGCGGGGUUGGUGUGCGUCCCAUUAGUGCUCAGCCGAUGAAGGCGGGAGAUGAAAGACAGGAACAGCCGCAGGGAAUUCAUAAUCACUCUUGUGGAGUCGAUCAUGCAGGCGGAGGUUGCUCGAAUAAUACGUUUUUUUAAGGCGACAAAUGGGAUCAUGUUGAUGGAGUUGUAUUUUGAUUUAUUGUUGAUCGAGUUGAAUCCAUUGCGAUUUCCAUAUUUUUCCGUUACUAGUCUAUCUUACACUUACACUUUCUCUCUCUAAUUUCCUGCACAAACUACAUCAACAGCUACUGCUUCACCAGUGAAGACGCUAUUGACUGCGGGUUCUGAUGACGUACGCUGUGAGGAUCUUUUGGACUUCGAGGAACAGAGAGCUGCCACGAAAACCUCAACGUCGAUAUCAAAUAGCCAAGGUGGACAUGUUAUGCAUCAAUUUGAAUGGUUUUUUUUUGGAAGUAGGAUGACAGGAUUCUGUUCAAUGGGAACCCGUUACUACAACUAACAAUGCAAUAGGACACCGUUACUUUUUGGAAUUAAAAUCAUGUAUUCCGUUCAAUGAACCCCUACCCGGCUAUAUGAUAAUGAAUUGGAAAUAGUCUUCCAGGUGGACUACAACAGGAGAUGGAUCAUGAGACCCUUUUUCCCAUGGACAUUUCUGUCUCUGAUGUUGAUCUUCUAACGGCUCGAGCACCUCUAUCAAACCGAGACAGCGUCGAUCUUCGUUGCUAGGCAAUCAGGAAGUGCAUGACAAGAAAAACGACUUCGUGUCGCAGCAACUGCAAAAAUUGGGCGUCGAAAAGCCGCUUGGUGCUACUCCACGUCGUAACAGCAUCGAACGUCGAGCAUCGUGUGAGUAUCACUCUUAUGGAGCAGGUGAAAGACACUACACUUGACAUUCGUACUUCUUGUCACUGUCUACACAUUUAACUAAGUACUUAAGAAAAAUGGUGGUGAUGGUACAACAUGAUGCAUGAAGACCAAGUUCCAUUUAUAACACGAUCAUGAUAAGACAAAGAGAUGUUGUCCAUUAUUAUUUCCUACUCCUUCUGUUGUUCCUUCUAAGCCAAAGGCCUUCCCUGUGGUGUCCGAGACUCAGACACACCUGGAACCGAAUUGCCUAAUGCUUCUCCGCGCCGUGCGUCUCUGGUGCAGCGUCGCGCCUCUGUAGAGAUGAAUCCAGCGAUGGAUUUCUCUUCUCCUGCGCCCGUUGUCCGACGACGGAGCUCGAUUACGUAAUUUGCUCGAAGCACAGUGAAGAUCUCGUAUGCUCCACAUAGAAGAAGAUCGCGACGGAGUUAUCAUACUCAUACUCUACAUAGAAGAAGAUCGCGAUGGAGUUUGUGAUAGUGUAAUCACUCAUACUCAACAUAGAAGGAGAUCGCGAUGGAGAUAGUGUAAUCCUUGUUGUAGGUAUCCAUGUAAAAUAUUUUUGCAGAAGAGUCUUUGGGUGCUCGUCAUAUAGCAACAUGAAAAUUUUGAAUGGGAAUAAAGUGAGAUUGUACAGACAUCACGCAUUUGAUACUCGUCGUCUUCACCGACGCGGAAAAAUCCAGUAAUUGUGAUUUCAAUGUACCUGUACCGUUGGACCAGAAGUUGUGAAAAAAGUAUGUUAGUAUUGAUCGUAACCGUAAUUUUGGUUUAGUUACCUUCGAAAUCCGAUUUUGAUAGAUUAUACGACAGACGCAUAGACGUAGAAGUAGAACGAAAAAAUCCAUAAUGCAGAUUGACGUCAC